UUAUUUCACACAUACAAACUAAAAUACACCAUUUUAAUAUGCAUUUUGACGCAUUUAACUAAUUAAAAUACAAUAAUCAAUAUUUCGCAAAUACAAGCUAAAACCACAUAAAAUUAAUAUUACAAUAAUAUUAUAAUAAUUUGCACGUCAUUUCUAAAUUUUACAAAAUAAUAAUAAUUGGGAAUCAACUGCAUUUGGGAAUCAAUUUGAUGGUCUUGGAGGGUCAAGAAGCGGGUUGAAUGACUACUAAUUUCUAAAUUAGUAUGUACUAUGUAUGUUUUUAAUUAUGUUUUAAUUUUAAUUAUAAUGGUGUUAUUAAUUGUAAUUUUAAUUAUGUAAUUUUCUUAAAUAUCAUUUGUAUUCUAUUAUUAUGUUGUUUGGAUUUGAAACUCUAUUUAUAAUAUUGUGUGAUUUAAAUUUAAUUAUAUUUUUUUAUUUUCUAUCAAAUUAAUAAUUUUAAUUACUUGUUUUAUACGGAGGUUUUUAGUUGGAUUGCGAUUUGUUCCAGAUUAGAUCAGACCGGAUUGACCAAACUUGAGUAGUUAUAAAAAUAUAAAGAAAUCAAACCUGAUCACAUCAGUUCAGAUCAGAUCAAAUCAUACCAGACUAGAGCAGACCAGCAAUUUCAGUCCAAGUAAAAACAUCCUAAUUUGUUGUUUUAAAAAUGGGUCAAAACUAUAACAAUCAAAACUUUGGGUCACUUUUGAAAUAAAAAAAAUUAAAACAAAAAAUGGUGGAACAUUUGGUGUGCGCCAUAUUUGGUGUGAACUCUCCCCCUCUCCCCCAUUUUGGUGUAACGGUGUUGAAAAUGAAGUGGCUGUUGGAGCAAUUUUUUGAGAAAUACACCAUUUUGGUGUGAUAAAUGGUGCUUGUUGGAGUUGGUCUAAGUAUAUGUUCACAUAUAAAUUAUCAAAAAACUAUACUUUCCGCUUAUUUAAGAUUCAUACAUGUAAAAAUUAAUAGAAAUAUGAAAACCAUUAGCCAAAGAUUUAUGGUCUUUUUUUAAAGAUAUUACUAAAAUGAGCAGGAAAGACAAAAAUAUGAACUCUUUUAAAAAUUUGCAAAUGUGUGACUAGCAGUCAUUUAUUUAUCUUUAUACGAAAGUAUUUAAUAUACGAAAUUUCUUUUAUAUGAUUUGAUAAGUGACGAUGUUCUAUAGCCACCGGCACGGCCGCCGACACCAGUCACUGACUCAGUGACUUUUGGUCCCUGACCAGUGACUUCUACCUAACUCCGGUCACUAGCUGGUGACCGCCGCCCAACUCCGAUCACUAAUUCAGUGACUGCCACCCAACUCCGGUCACCAUUGCCGGAGACACCGCCAGUGACUUUCGCCCACAUACCACCCCAGAUCUGCUCCGUCAGACCCUAGUAUUGUCCCACAUGCCAACCCUAUGCCACCCCAACCCAUAGACCUGCCCGGCCAGCCCAUCCAGAUAAAGGGCCCCAGACCCUAGCCUCACACUUAAGCCCCAACUUCCCACCCAAGCCUCAACCGCACCACCGCCUGUAACCUUAGCCGCCAGCUCGUCACUGCGCCCAUCCUAACUUUAAUGGCCGCCAAAAUCACAGAUUCGUUCAACGCCGUUGUUCGUCUGGCCAAUGUCACCUAGCCGUCGUUGGCCUAGCCAUCGUUACCUAACCAUCGCUCGUGAAACAAGGCGGGUAUCAGACGCAGCGGCGAAGAAGAAUGAGAAGAAGAGAUGGAGUGGUGCGGCGGGGGCUGACGUGCGGUGGAACGGUGGGGUGUCAGCGGCUGGAGUGCGAUUGGUCGGCGACUGAUGGAGGGUCGGCAAGUGAUUGAGAGAGACGAAGCUUAUCUCUCAAAUGAAGAAAGUGAUGUUUUCACUAGUAAUUGUCAUUUCCCUUACAAAUCCCUCAAGGCCAUCAACCUCCACAAGACCUCAGAAAUAGCUCACCCGAAAUCGGAGUGGAAUCGAUCUUACUCGGAAGGGUCGACCUGAGAUCACGUCGCACCUGUUCAUCUUAGACUAAAAGCUUCCUGCAGCGCCACCAUGUGGAGAAGACUCUCCAUCGAUCUGCUCCGAUCCUCUCCGAAACUCUCCAGAUACGGCGCAGUUUCUUCGUCUCCGUCCGCAGCGGUUCUCCGACCGUCAGUUACUCUAUUGCCUCGCCGCUUCAAUGCUGUCGCUGAAAACGUUGUUCCCAAAAUGCGAGUCGAGGAUGUGAUGCCAAUUGCCACGGGUCAUGAACGGGAAGAGAUCCAAGCCGAGCUCGAAGGGAAACAGCUCCUUGACAUUAACUACCCUGAAGGUCCUUUUGGUACUAAGGAAACACCGGCUGUUAUCAAAUCCUACUAUGACAAAAGAAUUGUUGGAUGCCCCGGAGGAGAAGGCGAGGAUGAGCAUGAUGUUGUUUGGUUCUGGUUAGAGAAGGGCAAGCCACACGAAUGCCCUGUGUGCUCUCAGUACUUCGUUUUGGAAGUGGUUGGUCCGGGAGGACCACCGGAUGGCCAUGAUGAUGAAGACGGCCAUGGUCAUUGAAACUUCAAUUGCUCUCUACCAGAAGACAUCUGGUUUGGAUUUUGACAGAUUAGUUUUCUGCAAAAUCUAGAUUUAAAAGCUAUGUUUUUCUUUUGCUUUUGCUCUGGAUAAUGCCAUUCAUAUUGUUGCGAUUGCAAGUUUGCAACAGCUAAAAACGUGUCACACAGUGAUUUUCUAAUAAUUAGUUAUUUGAAAGGGAAAACAUUGGCCAAUGGCAAUGUAAACAUCAUCGAGUUUUGCAGCAUAAGUGUUGGGUGAAGUUUGACUCAAAUAUUCAAACUACUAUAUAUAGUACGACGUCUUACAUUUAUUGUCCAUUGUCUAUGCCUUAAAUUUUUUGUGAUCUUGUGAGAGGAGGCAACUAGCGGGAG